AUGGCCAACAACUGGGAUGAAGAGAAGUUGGAUCCGAAGUUUGAGGAUCCAACAGAGAAUACUGCGUUGCUCAAUGCUUCAACUAGUCAUGGGCCCCUGGCCUUCUGGGGCUCGCGAUACUUGAGAAGGCUUGAGCGCAUCUUUGGAUGGCAGCUGCUCUUUCUGCUAUGGGUGGUGCAGCAUUUGAUGAAGGGUUUAUCUCAUAGCAUGACUAGCAAGGCCACCCCAUACCUCUUCAAAGCCUUUGCCAUCGAUGCAGCGCAGAGUCAGGUGUUGAGCGGUCUCAUCAAUCUGCCAUGGGCCGUGAAGCCACUGAUUGGCCUCGUGAGCGAUGUCUUGCCCUUCAUGGGCUUCCGCAAGGGUCCCUACAUGGCCAUGUCCACCUUUGUGGGUUUUUGCGCCUUCACCUUCAUCGUGAACAGCUCUGAGCUCUCCAUCGUUGUGAUGGUCCUUUGCCUCACGCUGAUCGUCUUGCAGUUCAGUACCUGCGACAUUCUCUCUGAGGCACAGUACGCCUCAAAGAUUCAAGACGCCCCACAGGCAGGUCCAGAUUUGUUGAGUUAUGUCUGGGCUGGGAUCAACAUCUUUGGCCUCAUUGCCAUGCUUUGUUCUGGUCCUUUAUUAGACUCCUACGGCUACCGUGCGGCCUUUGCCUUCGCUGCCGUGCCAGCGGCCAUGGUCGUGAUUCCAGUGGCAAUGGGCUGCCUACAGGAACGGCGGCUGUCUGUCGAGGAGUUGUCCGCCAUCCGUCACCGUUACUUUGAGCAACGUGAGAUGUGUUUUCUUUCUGUUAUGAUGUUCGCUUGUGCUGUGGUGAUCAUGGUGGUUGGCCUCCUGCAGAAUGAUCCUCGCAUUAACUUUGCUGUGUCCUUUACCGCUUCUUUGUUCAUGUUACUGUGCUGUUCUAUUUGCCUGACGCCAUUGGUGGCCAAAGUGAAUGCUUUUGCAGUGCUUUACACUGGUCUCAAUGCAUCCAUCAGUGGUGCUACUUUCUACUUCUACACUGACUCCAAGGAGGUCUACCCUGCAGGUCCUCAUUUUUCUGACUUCUUCUACAACACCGUCUUGGGAACGGUGGGGAGUGUGGUCGCACUCAUCGGGAUCUGGUUUUACCAGCAGUAUCUGAGCGCAAUGAGCUAUCGAAAACUGAUUUUAGUCACUGCUUUGACGAUGUUUGCCUUUAGCUUGCUGGACGUGAUGAUGUUUGCACGCCUGAAUGUGAAAUGGGGCAUUCCAGAUCAUUGGUUGGUGCUUGGCCUGUCCAUUUGCGAGCUGAUGGUUUUGCAGUGGCAAUGGAUGCCCCAAGUGGUGCUGCUGGCAGCUUUGUGCCCGCCUGGGAUGGAAGCCACGAUGUUGGCCUUGUUGGCAGGCUGUCAUAACCUGGGCAGCACUGUAAGUUCACACUUUGGCGCCAUGUUGCUGCAUCUUUGGGAUGUGAAACCUCGAGGACAAGAGGGAGAUGCAGCCAAGUUCGAGAACUUGUGGCUCGUUGUGGUGGUCACAUCGAUUUUGCCAUUGUUCACAGCAAUCUUCUUACGGUACUUGCUACCGGACUGUAAGCAAAACGAGAAGAUCCCCGGAAUCGCAGAUCCAACUGAGAAUUCCUUGCUCCGACGGAACAACUUUGCCAAAGCCGCAAAGUGGAGUCCUGAUGGCAGCGUUGCCUUGGCGGUUCAUGACGAUGAGCUCCUACGCUUGUACCAGGUGCCCUUUGGGGAAGACCUAGCAGGCAUGGAGAGUUUCGCUCCUUACGCCAGCGCGGCUGAAGGUGGUCCUGUUUUGGACUAUUGUUUUUUCCCCAGCUUCACUUGGGAGUAUCCAGCUACCUGCUGUUUCAUCACCAGCAGCCAGGACCACCCCAUUCACCUGAGAGAUGCCUUGACGGGGGAGCUGCGCAAUACCUAUCGACCCUUCAACCAUGUGGAUGAGGUGUGCCAUGCCAAUAGCCUUUGCUUUUCGCCGGAUGGUAGCAAGAUCAUUGCGGGGUUUUCCCUCUAUCUACGGGUUUUUGAGCUGCAGCGACCCGGCCGUCAAGUUGAGGAUUGGCUUCUGAGCACAAAGAAAGGCAAAGGACAGAAGGGCAUCAUCGGUGCUGUGGCCUCAUCCAGCGUUGCACCCGGGGUGUACGCGGCUGGUUCCUACAACAAGAACAUUUGCGUGUACCAAGAGGGCACCAAAGGAAAAGCCGUUGCCCGACUGGCACAAAAGGAGACCGGCGAGGAUAUGGGAGGUGUCACACAACUUGCGUUUGCAGAAGAGAAUUUCUUGAUCAGCGGUCAUCGAAAGGAUCAAUGGUUGCGACUUUGGGAUUUGCGGAUGUUGGGUGAGCCUGACAAGGCCCUACUUCAUCGGUUCCCACGUCAGGUCAAAAGUCAUCAGCGCUUGAUAUUCGGAGUGCAGGGCGAUCUGCUGAGCUCCGGAGAUGACACUGGGGCAGUACUGUUUUACUCCUUGAGUUCCCUGGAGCAGCUGGGCAGUUUCCAAGCACACCAGCGACCAUGUACCGCAGCCUUGCUGCGACCCAGUGAGACGCCUCACUGCGGGGAAUUGCUGAGUUCAUCUGGAUCACGGCAUUUCCCGGACUAUGACGUCGAAAGCCCCAGUGAGUGUCUUGAGGAGGUUUUUUCGGUGAAACGUCCGCGCUUGGACAACACACUGAAGGUAUGGCAAAUAGCCUGGGGAGAUGAUGCGGGGAACCGAAAAGAGCCGCGACGCCGAGAGGAAGCUUUGAUCAUGUUCUGUCGCUGCUUCAGACGGACUGAGGACGACUACACCCCCGAUGAGACACCGAAGACUCCGAAGACUCCCAAAUCGGCACGGAGUCCAAACAACAGGAUCAACUUACCCAAGGAGUUUCCGAUGUACGUCAUCUCUACGGAUGACUUCUUGGAUCUCAGCGAAAUGAGGCCACACCAGGAGCUGCUGGCUGAACGGAUCGUGCAGGCCUAUCAACCCAACUUGGAUCCGGUGACCUUUGUAUCACAUGAAUGGUCUGGUUUACAACAUCCGGAUCCGAAGAAGAAGCAACUCCUUGCCUUGCAGAAGGCUCUGCGCGGCUUUCGCGAGCAGUCUCUGAAGCUGAUAUAUGAUCCCGUGGCCCUGGUGCGACGCUUUCAGAAGAACGUGGCCUACUGGGAACUCCAGGAGAUGGCGAAAGGUUGGCUUUGGAUUGACUUCAUGUGCAUUCCUCAGGGAUGCGCCUGCAAAAUGGCAGAGGAAAGGGAAGAGCAGGAGAAUCAGCUGCGGGAUGCGAUUCGAAGCUUACACACCUAUGUGGCACAUAGUUCCUUCUUCUUGAUUUUGGCUCCUGCGCAACACCAUGAGCUUGGUCGUUUGAUGGAUUACACCAGCUGGAAGUCUCGAGGCUGGUGCCAAUUCGAGCUCACGGUGAAUGUGCUCAUGGGUGGACAUGCGCCCGUGAUCAUGGUCCAGGGGCUUGGCUCAGUCAAGAAGGUCUCGCCGCGGAUUUUUUUGCACUUCGCGCCAUGCCUUGCCGAGUUCACCAAGGAUGAGGACAAGCUCUUCAUCUCAGACGCAUUGGACCAGGUGAUCAACGCACAGGUAGCAAAUUUGCGGUCCUGUGGGGAAGUUCAUCGCUUGCAAAUGCUGGAGUGCUUGAGGGCUCUACUCACCAGACGUACGGGUGACUUGACGCUCUUCAAGCGUCUGAGCAGAACAGGGAGCCUGGCCUAUAUGGCGAGCCGCAAGCUGUGCGUGACCUACAAAGGGUGGACUCAGUUGCACUAUGCAGCCGCGCGCAGCGACAAAGAAGCCGUCACCCGGCUUCUGGGCAUCUGCGAACAAGUGGAGGCGCAGACCAGGCAGGCAGACAAAGACCUGUUCCUGGGGUCCAGCUUGACUCCGCUGCAUCUGUGGGCUGCCUUUUCCUUCACAGAAGAGAUUGCACGGCUGCUGGUCUUGAACAAAGCUCAGGUCGACCGCCGCGCGAGUGAGGGCUUGACUCCGUUGAUGAUGGCGUGUCGAACGGGCAACAUCAACGCCUGCCGGACGCUCUUGGAGAUGGACGCAGAUCCCAACGCAGAGGAUUGCAUGGGUUGCCGGCCUUUGACCUUCGCCUUGGCCAACGAUGCAGAACAACUGGUGUCUCCCUUGUUGAACGCCCGCGCGGACGUGUCCUACCGGUGGGCUGGGCUCAGUGCGUUGCACUUCUUGGGCCUCACCAGCUCUGCGAAUUCCUUGGAGCGGCUGUUGGGUGAAGGCCUUGACAUUAACACGGUGUGUCACAUGCAGCGUUGGAGUCGCGCGGGGCCCUACCUGCUCUUCGCCCAGCUGCGCAGCACCACGCUGCGGCGCCUCUUUUCGCUGGGCCAGGGCUCUACGCCUGUGCUGGCGGCCGCGGCCUUGGGCAACGCCAAGGUGGUGGAGACUCUGUCGCGUGCCGGAGCUGACAUGACGGCGAGGAAUGCGGCAGGCCUCGACAUCAAUGAGAUUUGUCGCAUCAGCUGCAUCCCGGAGUCGGUUUUUUCAGAGUACCAGACGAAGGAUCCCGACGCGUCACAUUCACGUGCUCCACAUGCUCCGUUCCUUGAAUGA